CCUGUAAUUGAGCAAAAACAAAUAAGCUCAGAGUUUUGUCAAACAAAACAAAAAAAUAAGUUGAUGAGAGAGGAAGAAAUGCAGUGAGGUUUGUUCUUUACUUCAAGGCUCUCCAGCUUCCUGUUUAUGUCAAAAAAACACACACAAAACUUUAUUUUAGGAAUAUUCUAUAAACAUAUUAGAUUUCAUUCUAUAAACAUAUUAGAUUUCAUUCUAAAAAUGUACGAUUUGUUAUGUGUCAAAUUAUUUGACGUAUCCAAACUUUUAUGCAGAAUAUAGUGACUUUUUACUUUAUCUACCCUUGCAUUAAUAGUUAUGAUCGAGAGCAAUUGUAUAUCAAAACAAUGAUAAACAAUUUGCUUAAUUUGUGUGCAAUCCUCUAAAACAUCAACUAAAUAAAAGACAUAGGGAGUAAUGACUAAAUCUAUGAGUAAUUAAUGUGUUAAUGGCAAAAGAUGUAAUAAAAUACAUAAAAAGGAGUUAAUAAAUAUAUGCGGAAUUAUUAUUUGAAAGACAAAUAAUGAUGUAAUUAGGAUGGGUGAAGAAAAUGUAAAAGCUGUAAUAAAAUAUUUUAAACAUGUAACUUUUGUACUUCUAUUUUAAUAAUAUAUAUAUAUAAAGUUUAAAAAUAAUUAAAAAGUGAUUCAAAAUAUAUGAAUAAGUAAAUAUAUGUACUAUGAAUAAUUACAGAAAAUACAUUUGAGAUUAUGUGGUGAAAUGGUUAUCUAUAUUUUAGGAAUAAUCUAAAAACACAUUAGAUUACCUUCUAAAAUGUAUAUUUUGUCUAAAAAUAAAUAAAUUAUUUAGAAUAGCGAAUUAUUAACCAUUUGAUUAACAUAAUAAAAAAGAGUCAGUAAAUCAAUUAUUAAUUAUUUGGAAUAACGAAUUAUGUAAUUUUUAUGCUUGUUUUAAACGAAAAAAAGAAUUAAUGAUGAAAUCUAUGAGUAGUUAAUAACUUAAUAUGUUAAUGACAAAAACUAGAAUAAAAUAUAUAAAAAGAGAAUUCAUAAAUAUAUGUCAAAUUAUUAUGGUAAAGACUAUUAGUGAAGUAGUUAAGAUGAUUGAAAAAUGUAAAAACUGUAAUAAAACAACUUAAAAUUGGUAAAUUGUGUUUUGUAUUUCUGUUUUAAUAAGAUAAAAUAUUUAAAGCUUAAAAAUUAUUACAAAUUAUGGAUAAGUAAGUAUUUUUAUUAUGAAUAAUUACAGAAUCUACAUAUGAGAUUAUGUGGUGUACUGGUUAUCUAUAUUUUAGGAAUAUUCUAUAAACAUAUUAGAUUGCCUUCUAAAAUGAAUAGUUUGUUUAAAUAUAAAUUAAUUCGUUCAAACAGCGAAUUAUAAACCGUUUGAUUUAAAUAUUUAAAUUUUAGUGAGUAGUCGAAAUAUUAAUUAGUUAGAAUAACGAACUAGGUAAAACAAUUUCUGUUUUUUUCAAUGAUAAAAAUAAUUAAUGAUGAAAUCUAUGAAUAGUUAAUAUGUUAAUGACAAAACUGAAAUAAAUACAUAAAAGAGAGUUAAUAAAUAUCUGCCAAAAUUAGUAUGGUAAAUACAAUUAAUAACUAGUUAAAAACCGCAAUAAAACAUUUUAAAACCGGUAAAUUUUAAUUUGUACUUGUUUUUAAUAAGAUAGAAGAUAAAUAGAUGUCUUUAAUUUCAACGUGUGUCUUUAUGAUUUCAUAGCUAUUGCAAAACGCAAAGAUAAAGAAAGUGAAAACGGAAAUUGUUAAUCUCUUAUUUGUUAAAAAAAAGAGAAAUGUUUACUCGUCUUAAAAAGAAAGGAAAUUGCUAGGUUAUACUGAAAAAUACAGUUCUGUCACCGACUAAAAAGAUCUAAUAAACAUAGGGGCGACUUAACAAUAUAAAGGAUUCUUGGGCGAAAUUUUUUUAUAGUUCUCUAUAAUUAAUUAAUUUUAAUUUUAUCAUCAUAAUAUUAUUAAAGUAUAUAAAACUUAUCUAAAAUUAUUAAUUUAUUUGUAUUUUGUAAAUAUAAAAAAAAACAGACUAUUAUGUCUUUUAAAUAUUGUGUAAAUAUGAGAUUGUAAGUGGAAAAAGAAAAGUUAGACCCUUGCUGUCAUAAAAAAAAAAAAAAAAUCUGGGUCCUUUAUAGUACUAAAUUUGCUUGAUUUUAGGUGGGCCCGUGCGAUUCCACUGUUUGCCCUCCUACCUAAGCAUUGGAGAAACAGUCUGGUCCUUGUGUUAUAAAUAUAAGUAACCCUGUAGGCUAGAGCAAAUCAGCAACAACAAAAAGCUUUUAACUCUCUUUCGCCUACUGAUAUUGCUUCCGUAAGUAGUCAUGAAACACAAACUAUCCCACGAAAUCGAUAACUACCCUGAAUCAGACGAUGCGGGCACACUCAGAGUCACGGCUAAGAUCUUUGGCCAAGAUGAUAACUCGACAUUCACGACUCUGUCCCUUGCCAAAGACUUCUUAGAUGAUGAGAACGAAGAGUGUAAAAGCAAAGAAGACUUGAACUACUUCUUGUUGGAAGCCGGAAUCACCGAAGAUGUUAUCUAUAAUGCGAUAUUGGAGCUAAUUGUUUAUGUUGAUGAGGUAACAUGCCCUGAAAGUAUCGAGUACUCUCCUGGCUGUGCUUUGAAAGUUCAGUUGGAUCUUGUUCCUGAUCAUCUCGAUGAUGAUGAUGAUGACUCUGAGAUUCAAGAAGCUGCUCAAGUCUCGUUUGAUGAUACUAGCAAUAUCCGGUUUCGACCAGCUAGCAAGCUCGUGGUCAAGUCGCUACCCAGGAAAGUAUACAAGAAGAAGAACGAGAACAAGAAGAUGGUUAGCUUGGAAGAGUGCAGGAUUUGUUUGCAAGAGUUUAGCAAUGGAGGAAUGGUUGUGACUUUAUCAUGUGGACAUGAGUUUGACGAUGAGUGUAUCGUAAAGUGGUUUGAGACCAGUCAUGUUUGUCCAUUGUGUCGUCUCGAGUUACCUUGUCAAGAUGAUGAACUAUAGCAUGUCAAGAUUGUUGGGUUGAACUCCGAUUGCUUAUUGUAAUACAUCAUUGUUUAAAUAUCAUUUAAAUCUGAUAUUGUUGUUUUGUUACUUCAGAGUAUGUUUUUAUGUAGUAUCAACAUACCAUCUUUUGUUGUCUCAAACACCUGGCCAACAUCAACAUAGGAACAAUAUAUAAUCAUUAUCAUUUAUACAAAAUAUAAGGUUCCUAGACAACAUCUUUUACAUGCAAAAUGCCUAAAACUCCCCUGAGUACAUGAUACAAGCUCUCAUACAUACUAACACAUUAUACAGGUACACACUCUAUUAUACAUUCAAACUAGUCCUUCUUAAGAUGUAAGUCCAAUCAUCAUCUAUAGAAUAGAUUACAAACUUGAGCCCUCUCUUGAGUUAGUUUGGUUGCUGCAAUCACCAAGGAUACAUAGACAUGUUCAUUUUAGUGGAUCAUAUAUCUAGAUAGUUUCAAUGGAAGGUGUGAAAAACGCAAAACCUGGUUGUAAGAAGUUUGACCCAAACAUUGAAUCUGAAACCCAAUUUUGAUGAUGAUGAUCAGUGGCAAACAUGGGUUGAUCAUGAGGGAUUUGAAAGCAACUACUACUACUAGCUGUUGGAUCAAACAUUGAUGAAGGAUCUUUUUGUUGUUGCAAGUUGUUCAAUUCCAUUUCAGUUUUUCUCUCCUCUUGACCUUCUUCCAUUCCAAGAGUAGUACCAAAUGUGUAGGAUACAAAUAUUCUUCCCCAAUAUAUUCGAAACCCAAACAACCAUCUCCUUGCUGUUCAAACUGCUCAAAUUUUUGUCCAGGUUUGUUGCAUUUCUGAUCUUCUUGUUUUACAGACUCAAAGAAGCAGUCUGAGUAAACAGUAAACGAACCAUCAAUCUCUUUGUUUUCAGUUCAAGCAUGACUUGAGAGAGCAUUUUUGGAAGUGAAUAGUAACUAUAUACUGUGACUUGAACUCUUACCUAUUAGGAAGAAAGCUGAAAUCACCAUGUAAUAUUGUUUGCUGGUUACUGUUAUCAGGAAGCCAAGUCAUGGAGUGAGCUUCUUGCAUGGCAUUAUUACCUCCCAUCACCAAGGGCAACUGUAUCCUGCUUUGAAACUGCAGUUUUAAAGCUUUGGUCUUGUUCAGAAAUUGUCCUCAUGAAGACAGAGAGUGUGUGAG